AUGAAUUCGAUGAAUCUGAUAUCGAUGGCCCACAUAAACCUGGCAAACCAGGUGAAUGAAAUGAAGAUGAUGAACCAGAAGAACCAGGUGAAAAUGACGAACCAGCCGGAUAUCGGGCUGGGGCUGGGGCCCAAGCUGAGGCUGGGGCCCAUGCUGAGGCUGAGACUGGGGCUGCGGCCCGAGCUGAGGCUGAGGCUGGGGCCCGAGCUGGGGCUGGGGCCCAAGCUGAGGCUGAGGCCCGAGCUGAGGCUGAGGCCCGAGCUGAGGCUGGGGCUGGGGCCCGAGCUGGGGCUGGGGCCCGAGCUGAGGCUGAGGCCCAAGCUGAGGCCCAAGCUGAGGCUGAGGCCCAAGCUGAGGCUGGGGCCUGGGCCUGGGCCUGGGCCGGGGCUGACUUCUGAGCCUGCUUCAACUUUUGUUUUCGAUAGCGCUCAGCAAUUUUCUGCUGCUGUGCAAGAAGAACAUCAUCGGCACCUGGAACAAAAAUGCAACCAGUGCUGGACCUCCUUUACAUGCUCCUUGCCUGCAAAUAGAAUUGUACAGGAUGGAUAG